AUGCACGCUAUAGUGAUCUCCAAGUUUGGCGACCCGUCGGUGCUAGAACUCAAGCACGAUUUGGCCAUCCCCACUCCCGCCCCCGGCCAAGUGCUUGUUGAAAUCAAAGCCGUCGGCGUGAACCCUUUGGACGCUGACAUUCGUGCCGGUUCCAAGGACUUCCCCGUCAAUCUACCCCACACACCCGGUUUUGAUGGUGCCGGAGUGGUCGUAGACGCUCCCUCCUCCACACGCUUCAAGGUGCUUAACUCUCAAUUGACGUGA